AUGACCGCCAAGAAGUCCUUCAACACCAAGCGCCUUCUCGGCAAGAAGUGCCGCCAGAACCGCCCCCUCCCCAACUGGUUCCGCUUCAAGAGCGACACCACCAUUCGCUACAACGCCCGCCGUCGCCACUGGCGCCGCACCAAGCUCAAGCUGUAA